AUGACUAUCAAGAACAGCCGUGUCUACUGGUCUGGAUCGACAAUCGAUAGUGAUCAACUGCGUGAUAUAUUCACUCAAGCCUACAACGGACAUAUUCCCCCCUCUCACUGGCGAAUUCUCGAGAAAGUGUGCUCAUUCCAACCCGGAUAUUUCCACGUUUUCGAUGUUCUCAUCGGAAAUUCACUCGAAUUGAGCUAUAAAUUCGUGACGACUCCCGACGCGAAGAAGCACAAACAAUCGGAUGAGUUGUACACGUUCUAUCAAUCACUGCCACCUGUCGAUGGAGUUGAAAACUUUUAUAAACGAUUCGAGGAGAAUAUUGUGCCAGACCUCAUCCACUUCAUUCCAAAUCGAUUCGUCUCAGUUCAAGUGUUCGUCGCAAUUUGUCAAGUCGUCAAACAGAAUGCAAUAAGUGUCUCCGAUCUCUACUAUCUCGCCACUCUCGUCUACGGAACUCGUCAAUUCUUCUCGAAAUUCAAUUCGAGAAUCAAACAAUUUCAUAUCAUCGAAUCGGGAGGAACUCGUUGGAUUCGUUCACGAUCGAUUCAUGACGAUUCGCCCCGUAAGAGUCACACGUACUCACUGAAUAACGGAUCACCGAGAAUGACGGGAAUUCAAGACUUUUUGACACAAUUGAGACCACAUAUAGACGAUAUUCUGCAAUUGUUGCCUGAUGCAGUCGUGAAUGAUGAUGAGUUCUUUAAGACGGCUCGAUUGGUUUGUGGAUGGAAUGGAGAUCAUGAGGAGAGAAUCUGGAAAUCGAUCAUCAAAGAUCGUACGAAAUUCCAAGAGUUCUACGAUGCCUAUCGUCCAUUCCUUCGAAUUGAAAUACGAAUGGGAACAAUCUAUUUGCGAAAAUUCACAUAUGACGACGACUACGAGACAGAAUGUGAUGGAAAACCAGUGGAUUGGAUUGUCACUUCAUCUCCGCCGUCAUCUCUCACAAGUUCCAUCAUCAAAACUGACGAAAUCAGUGGUAAAGAGGAGAAGAAGAAGGCCGUCUCAUUCGCCACCGGCAUCGAUUUGAUCGCACCGGACGCCCCGCCUCCUUUGGAGAAUCAGACGAACGAAUCGACCCAGACGGAUCAUUUGGAGACGGAACAGAUGUGGGAUUUGGAGCGUUUAGUGAUUCGACAGCUCAAAAGGGAUAACGUCACUUUUGCCGAGUUCAUCGAGUCGGAUAAUGCUCGUGAAAUGCAUCAAUUCCUGAUCGAUGCGUUCAAAAAGAUGAAUCUCCACUAUUUCGCAUUCAUUCUCGAAAAGGCGAUGACGGAAUCACGUGAACAGACAUGGAAAGAGACGAUGGAGUUGAGAGUAGCAGCUGAAGAGGCACGACUACUUCUCGAGAGAACACGUGAGGAGCAUCUGAAAGAAUUCGGAGAGUUGAAGACUCGAAUGGAGACGAUCUCUCGUUUUGAGGCGUAUGAAGUGCAGGUCGCAUCGAAUAGUCGAAUUGAUGGACUCAAGGAGAGAAUAAAAGAGUUAAAAGAGAAUAGAGAAGCGAUGUUGAGAGAGGAGAUGAAGGAGGAGAGAGCACGAAUGAAGAGACGAAUGAAAGAGUUCAAGGAGGAGUUUGCUGAGGAGAAAAGAUCCUACUUGGCUGAAAUCGCUCGUCUCAAGGAAGCGAACACUCGUCUAUCCGCCGACUGUCUCGAAUUGGCCACUCGUCACCACGAACACUCGUCUCGAGCUGAAAUUCAACGACAAAUGACUGAAAUCUCGUCUAGACUCGCCGCCGCACGUGAUGACUCUAUGGACCGCCCAUCGAUUCUCGCCACACCGGAUCCGGAGCCAGAAAUCGAAGAAGAAUUCAUUUCAGUUCCAGAAUCGUCUUCAUUCACUCCACCCCCAUCAACAGUCGAUUUGUCUCCAGAAGCUCGUCGAAAGCUGAAAGUGCUCCAGAAGUAUUCUGCUGAAUUCAACGCUGUCGAAUUGCGUGCAUUCGCUCGAAACCUUGUCGAAUGGUAUAAUACGACAAAAGCGAAUCAUAAAGAGAGAAAAACGGCCGAGAAGCAACUCAAAGAGUACGAGAAAGCACUGGAUUCCAUUGAGGACUCGAUAAAAGAGAAUCUGGAAUUGUUGAGUCUCAACGUCACCAGUGGACUCCACGAGCUGCCAGACAUUCCGAUGCCAUUCUCGGAUCGGGUCAUGGAGAAGAUGUUCGAGUAUAGUGGAGAGGAGAUGUUGGAGGUGGAAAAGGAGGAGCCGAAAGAGGUGGUGGUGGUCUCGGAGGAGGACGACGGUUGUCUCAUCUGCCACGAAGAAAUGGAGCAGAAUGAUGAGACAAUCCGUUGUGACACGUGUUCCAACGAGUACCACUACCACUGCAUCAGCAAAUGGCUCAAGAUCAAUUCGAUAUGUCCGGCGUGUUCCCGGGCAUUGAAGGAUCCGAAUGAGUAUCCGAGGCUCGAAUAA